UGCAGGCGGGGCAUAGUGUGAACUCAGGAAAUUGAAACUUACCCUGUUACACUGCCCAGAGGGAGCCAUGGCUGCAGAGAACCCUGUGCAAAGUCUCCAGGAGGAAGCAACAUGUCCCGUCUGUCUGGAGUAUUUCACAGAACCUGUCAUCCUGGAGUGUGGACACAAUUUCUGCCGAGCCUGCAUCAGACAGUGCUGGGAGGGAUCCGAUACAGGUGCCUCCUGCCCUCAAUGCAGAGAAACUGUGCUGCAGAGAAACCUAAGGCCCAACAGGCAGCUGGCAAACAUGGUAAAAAUUGCCAAAAGGCUGAGUUUACAGGCAGCAAAGGGAAGAGGAGCAGACGGGGUGUGUGAGGAACACCUGGAGGCUCUGAAACUGUUCUGUGAAGAGGAUCAAACCCCCAUCUGUGUGAUCUGUAGAGAUUCCCGGGCUCACCGCACUCACACGGUGGUUCCCAUCCAGGAAGCCGCCCAGGAGUACAAGGAAAAAGUCCAGUCCCAAUUGAAGACUCUGAAGGAAGAGCGAGAAAAGCUGCUGGGAUUGAAAGUGACUGGAGAGGGGAAAAGCCAGGAAUAUCUGAAACAAACACAAACCGAGAGGCAGAAGAUUGUGUCUGAAUUUCAGCAACUGCGGCAGUUCCUGAAGGAACAAGAGCGUCUCCUGCUGGCCCAGCUGGAGAAGCUGGAUGAGAAGAUUGUGAGGAUCCAGAAUGAAAAUGUCAGUAAACUCUCCAAGCAGAUUUCCCAUCUCAGUGAGCUGAUCAGUGAGCUGGAGGGGAAGUGUCAGAAGCCAGCAAAUGAAUUCCUGCAGGAUGUCAGAAGCACCUUGAGCAGGUGUGAGAAGAGGAAGUUCGAGCAGCCAGAGGAGAUUUCUCCUGAACUGGAAGAGCGAGUCAGUGGUUUCUCCCAGAAAACGAUUGCACUACUGGAGGCUCUGAGGAAGUUCAAAGACACUCUGCCGUCUGCACUGGAGAGAAAAAGAGGGGAACCACUCGGAGCACACAGACAGACGCAUGUGACUCUGGAUCCAGACACAGCUCAUCCCAACCUCGUCCUGUCUGAGAAUUGGAAACAUGUGAGAUGGGGAGAACCAGAGCAGGAUCUGCCCGACAACCCUGAGAGAUUUGACACUGCGCUGUGUGUGCUGGGCUGUGAAGGAUUCACAUCGGGGAGACAUUGCUGGGAGGUGGAGCCCAGCAGGAUCCGGGUUUGUCUGGACUGUGACCGGGGGCAGGUGACAUUUAUCGAUGCUGGUGACGAGGCCCCGAUCUUCACUUUCCCGCCGGGCUCCGUCCCUGGGGAGAGAAUCCGACCCUGGUUCUGGGUGGGGCCAGGAUCCCGGCUCAGCCUGUGUCCCUGAGACACACGGUGGUGGGAGGAGGAAUAUCUCACUGGGAGCCCGGAGAUCAGCCUCUCUCGCCUCACACACCCUUGUCUCUGUGACCUCUCCCUGUGGACUUUCUGUCAUCCCCUCUGUGACCCUGCAGGCUGCUGCGUGGUAGAGAAGCCAACAGCAUCACUGCCCCAGGGACUGUGCAGCCUCUUUGCCACUGUUCUCUGUGACCCAGGAGGACUCUGGGGAUCCUGGGUCAGACAAUGUCACUGAGACACGGGGGGGAAGAGCCCACUGGGAAUGGAAAAAUGGGUUUCUCUAGCCAAGUAAUCCCAGCCCCUAUGGCCUGGAGGACUCCUGUCUACCCAACCUCUGCCCUCUUAGCUCUAUGACCCCUGGAAUCUCCUCCCCCUCCCUCCCUGCAGCACCAGGGAUGGGAGGAGAAAAGGGGCCUUGGGGGCAGAUGUGGGGGGUGUGGGGUCACAACUGGUGGAGAGGCUGGGGGUAGAAGUGAUGGGGGUUGGGGGGCAGUAUUAAUGUGGGGCUGGGAACAGACAUAUGGAGGGGGCAGGGACACAGAAUUAGUUAAUUGGGAUUUGGCAUUUUGGGAAGAAGCUGGAAGCUCCGCACCAGCCAGGAGCCUGGAAGAAGGAGACCCAGGGACUGGGGAGUGUGAAUCAUCCAAAUA